AUGUGGAACAUCGAGAUAAUCCUCACACACAUGCAAGAUCAAAUGGCCUCUCUCUUGGAGAUUGCUCAGGGUGCCAAAUUCGGAGAUGUUAUAGUUCUUGGUGAGGAGAAGGAAACUGAAAGAGAGAAGGGUAAGAUGUCUGCAGAAGGAGUUGGUAAGGCAACUGAUGAAGAGAAGUUGUUCUCUAAAGGGGUCACUGGUUAUAUCCUGCAAAUGAAGAUGACAACACCUAAAGACCAACCUGAUCAGGAAGCAAUGACUGAGAUUAAAGGAUUGUUGGAAGAAUAUGCUGAAGUUUUCCUUGAGCCUAGCAGCCUACCCCCUAAGAGAAACUAUGCUCACAGCAUUCAUUUGAAGUCUGGCAGUACUCUUCAAAACAUUAGGCCUUAUAGAAUGCCCCAUUUUCAGAAAGAUGAUGUGGAAAGAUUGGUAAGGCGGCUACUGCAACAAGGACUCAUCAGGCCGAAUGAAAGCCCAUACUCCUCACCAUCUAUCCUAGCAAGGAAGAAGGAUAGUUCAUGGAGGUUCUGUAUUGAUUACAUGCGAUUGAAUGAACAAACAAUCAAGAACAAAUAUCCAAUACCAGUGAUGGAUGAUCUCUUUGAUGAGCUGCAUGGUACCAAGUUCUUCUCCAAAAUGGAUCUGAGGAAUAAAUUGGUGGAGGACGAAGGAGGUUGUGGGAUCAGCGGCAGCGGGAAGGAGAUCGAGCGGUUUGUUUAUGCUUCCUCUUGCCUGAGGUCCUGUGAUUGUGCGCGCGUGAGGAGAGCAAAGGAGAUGGAGGCGCGGGCGCGGCUGCUCGUUUUCAUCGCGCUCCUCGCCGCCGCUGUGUCCGCUGCCGGGGCUGCAAGCUUCAACGUCAAGAACUACGGCGCCAAGGGCAACGGCGUCCAAGACGACACCAAGCCUCUGAUGAGUGCGUGGAAAGCGGCUUGCGGGUCAGCCGGCGCCGUGACGCUGGUGGUGCCGCCGGGGACGUACUACAUCGGCCCGGUGCAGUUCCACGGCCCGUGCAAGGCGUCCACCUUGACCUUCCAGCUCCAGGGGACGCUCAAGGCGGCGUCGGACCUCAAGCGGUUUGGCAACGACUGGAUCGAGUUCGGGUGGGUGAACGGACUCACCGUCGCAGGCGGCGUCAUCGACGGCCAAGGAGCCGCCUCCUGGCCCUUCAACAAGUGCCCUGUCCGCAAGGACUGCAAAGUCCUCCCCACCAGCGUGCUGUUCGUGAACAACCAGAACACGGUGGUGAAGGACGUGACGUCGGUGAACCCAAAGUUCUUCCACAUCGCGCUGCUGUCGACCAAGAACAUCCGGAUGAGCGGGCUCAAGAUCAGCGCGCCGUCGAACAGCCCCAACACGGACGGCAUCCAUAUCGAGCGCAGCGCGGGCGUGUACAUCAUGGACACGCACAUCGCCACGGGCGACGACUGCAUAUCCAUCGGCCAGGGGAACGACAACGUCGACGUCGCCCGCGUGCAGUGCGGCCCGGGCCACGGCAUGAGCGUCGGCAGCCUGGGCCGGUACGUCGGCGAGGGCGACGUCACGCGGGUGCACGUCCGGGACAUGACCUUCACGAGCACUAUGAACGGCGUCCGCAUCAAGACGUGGGAGAACUCCCCCACCAAGAGCAAGGCCGCGCACAUGGUCUUCGAGAACCUCGUCAUGAAGGACGUCCAGAACCCCAUCAUCAUCGACCAGAAAUACUGCCCCUAUUACAACUGCGAUCACAAGUCCGUGUCUGGGGUGACGAUCAGUGACAUCCAGUUUAAGAACGUCAAGGGCUCAGCGACGACGCAGGUGGCGGUGCUGCUCAAGUGCGGCGUGCCGUGCCAGGGCCUCGUGCUGCAGGACGUGAACUUGCGGUACAAGGGGCAGGGCGGCACGUCGGCCAAGUGUGAGAACGCCAAGGCCAAGUACGUCGGCUACCAGUUCCCCAAGCCCUGCGCCUAG